AUGAAGCUCGACGUAGAUGUGUUGAGAUAUCUGUCCAAAGAUGAUUUUAGGGUUCUCACUGCCGUUGAAUUGGGCAUGAGGAAUCAUGAAAUCGUACCAACGGAACUCAUCGACCGAAUUGCUCGUCUCAAGCAUGGAGGCACGUACAAGGUUUUGAAGAAUUUGCUCAAGAACAAGUUGUUGCAUCAUGACUCUUCUAAAUAUGAUGGAUUCCGCCUUACCUACCUUGGUUAUGAUUUUCUUGCCAUUAAAACUAUGGUGAACAAAGGAGUGUUUGUUGCUGUUGGUCGCCAGAUUGGUGUUGGAAAGGAAUCUGAUAUAUUUGAGGUUGCUCGUGAAGAUGGAACUGUUCUAGCCAUGAAGUUGCAUAGGCUUGGUAGAGUCUCUUUUAGAGCUGUCAAAUCUAAGCGUGACUACUUGAGACAUCGCAGUAGUUAUAAUUGGCUCUAUUUGUCUCGCCUUGCCGCACUUAAAGAAUUUGCUUUCAUGAAGGCUUUGGAAACCCAUGGCUUUCCUGUUCCAAAUGCUGUAGAACACAAUAGACAUUGUGUAGUCAUGUCACUUGUCCAAGGUUACCCUCUUGUUCAGGUCAAGCAGUUACAGAAUCCAGAGACAGUUUUUGAGACAAUUAUUGGUCUAAUUGUUCAGUUGGCUGAGCGUGGCCUUAUCCAUUGUGAUUUCAAUGAAUUCAAUAUCAUGAUUGACGAUGAUGAAAAAAUUACCAUGAUUGAUUUUCCACAAAUGGUAUCUGUGUCACACCGAAAUGCACAGAUGUACUUUGACCGCGAUGUUGAAUGCGUGUUUAAGUUUUUCAGGAAAAGGUUCAAUCUUUCUUUUGAAGAAACCUUAGAUGAUAUUGAUGGUUCUGAUGAGGGGAGAGAUGAAGCUGGAAAACCCUGUUUUUCUGCAAUAGAAAGAAGUGCUGGUUUUCUAGAUAGGGAACUUGCUGCCAGUGGCUUUACUAGAAAGGAUGAAGAAGAUAUUCAAAGGUUCAUUGAGGGCGGGGCAGAGAGUGAUACCAAUUCAGAUAGUGAAGAGGUUGACUUAGUAGAAGACCUUAAUGAAGCAGGCACUGUAGAUGGUGAUUCUUCAGACUUGUUGGAACAGAAUGAGGGAUAUGAAAGUCAGGGGAAAGAGGAGAGUUGUGAAGCACGUGAAAGCAGUGGAUCGGAAAAGCAAGAUGCAAGUGACAAUGAGGAAAACAAUGAAGAAGCGAUGGAAAAUGAAGCUGAACUCGUUAAGAGCUUGAAUAAGCAAAGACGACGUGCUGUAGCAGCAGCUCGUAAGGGGCGGAAGACUGUCGCAGCCAGAAAUUCCUACAAAGACAAGGGUGGUAGGUCAUCUCACAAUUCUAAAAUCCAGAAACAGCUGAGCAGCUGGUGA